AUGAAUAACUUCCAGCAGUCUCCUAACUCGCGACAGCGGUUGAGUACAACACCCAGAACACCAACAACCCCAGAAAUAUUACAUGCAAUGGAUUAUAAGCCACGUUUAUAUGAAGAAAUAUCAAUAAUAAUGCGAGCUUUUGGAGACAGCUUGAGUGGCCAAAACAGAGAUUCUAUUAUCCUAGUGGAAAAGAUUGUGAUUCAACAGCUGCGUGGCAUUAUUAAUGAAGUUAUAAAUGUUGCUUAUAAGCGCACUGGCAAUAUUGUACCAUCACAAUGUGACUUUGAGUUUCUUAUGAGAGGAAAUGCCGCCAAUUCUCAAAGAUUUAGAAAAUAUAUGAGAAGUGUGAAUAAUUUAAAAUCAGAAAAGAAACAGGGGCUUGGAAUAAAUUUUCUUAACCGUAUUGUUGAAGACAGUAGCGAUGAAGAGCAGGAAAUAUAUGAUGCCGAGAAAACAAGAAGAUUAUUUCGUGCUGAUCGAAUUUCUCAAAUUUUGAAUCCUCAAAAAUACGAAGAAUUCCAAAAAGCGCGGACGUGGUCAAGCAAUGUUAGAAACAAGACUGAUAUGCUUCGUAAACUUGUGGAAAUGUUGCAAAUUCCUAAAGAGAUUCAAGAUCAUUCGUACUGUCUCGAAAUUUUAUUGUAUCUGACACAAGAAACCAUCGCAAAAAUUGUUGACUUUGCAAUACUCACCCGCCUAAAUACCGACAACCACACUACAGAUCUCGAGCCAAUCUCAUCCAGCAUUACAAAUAAUAUGCUCCAUUUAUGUCCCGAAGUUACGCAGGGUCGUGGUAAAGAUGGAAUAAAAGCAAUUACUGUCCAAGAAAUUAAUGAAGCGAUAAGAAGAGUUCAGACAAUGACUACCAGAAGAUUGGGAACAUCUUUUCGAAGUAAUGAUAUGAAGAUACCAUUUCUUGCUCUCUGA